CAAACGUCGUGCUGCGAGCACCUUUUGCGGCAGGCGUCCGGGCUGCGAGCGGGUGAUCCUGAAGCGGCGGCCGGCAAAGAAGAGACAAGGACACUUGAGGCGUGACGCCAUGCCUUUCUUCGAUAUACAGAAAAGGCUGGGCCUUAACAUAGAUCGUACGAUGGCAAUCCAAAGUGGUGAACAGCCCCUCAAGUUGCCUGCUCGAUGCCAUGCUUUUGAAAAAGAAUGGAUAGAAUGUGCACAUGGAAUUGGUGCUAUCCGGGCAGAGAAAGAGUGCAAGAUAGAGCAUGAUGAUCUUGUUGAAUGUCUACUUCGGCAAAAAACGAUAAAACGUAUGUGUACCAUCCAGAAGCAGCGGGAUAAGCUAAUAAAGGAAGGGAAGUACACCCCUCCACCUCACCACAUGGGCAAGGAGGUGCCUAGGCCCUGAACGGAGCGGUAACUGAUGGCUGGAGGCUGAUUUUCAUGUUCUCCAAUCUUCACUGGAAAGAUGAUUUACUGAAAACCCCUUUGUCAAAUGUGUAAAAAUAAAGGAUUGCUCCAACCUA